GCCGCCACGCCUUUGAUUAUGCAAUUAAUCGUCGAUGCAACACUGUUCGAGAAGCAACCAGGUUGGUCAAUGGGACCAAUGAUGGCACAAGCAGGACAUGCAACAAGUGCGAUUAUAGCCAAAACAUACGCACAUCCAAACACACAAGCAUAUCUGUCAGAAGAAAAUUUACCAAAUAUGCGUAAAGUAGUUUUAAAAACGGGCAAAGGGAUGACUUUGGAAGAAUUAAGUCAAAAGCUUACAAAUGCGAAACAGAAUGCAGAUCAAUCGCAGGGAUUCCCGGAACACCAUCUUUGGAUCGAACAGCCAGAGAAUAUACCGACUGUCUUGGCCAUCGCACCGAAUACUCGUCCAUCGGCAUUAAAGAAAGUUCUCAAUAGCUGUUCACUUUUACGUGAUUGA